CAACAGCAAACAUAUGUGUGGCACGCAACAGAGAAAUGUCGGUUGGGUCGGUUUGAUCAGCAUCAAAGAAAGACCUGUUUGACCCUCAAAAGAGAAAUACCUGUUUGACCCGCAACACACGAACAUCAAUUUGAUCAGGAACAAAAUAUUGCCUGUACUAGCAACAGAGAAACACCUAGUUGACCUGUAACAGAAAACAAAACACCUGUAUGAACCUCAACAGAGAAUCGCCUGUCUGGCCCGCAAAAAAAGAGACACCUGUUUGACCCGCAUCAAAGAAACACCUGUUUGACCCGCAAUAGAGAAACAUCAAUUUGACCCGGAGCAGAAAACCACCUGUUUAACUCGCAACAGAGAAACAUCCAUUUGACCCGCAAAAGAGACACACCUGGUUAAGUCAUCGCAAAGAAACAACUUUUUGACUCGCAACAGAGAAACAUCCAUUUGACCCGCAAAAGAGACACACCUGGUUUAGCCAUAGCAAAGAAACAACGUUUUGACUCGCAACAGAGACACAUCCAUUUAACCCGCAAAAGAGACACACCUGGUUUAGCCGUAGCAAAGAAACAACUUUUUGACUCGCAACAGAGAAACAUCCAUUUGACCCGCAAAAGAGACACACCUGGUUUAAUCAUAGCAAAGAAACAACUUUUUGACUAGCAACAGAGAAACAUCCAUUUGACCCGCAACAGAGAAACUCCUGUAUAACCAGAAAACCACCCAUAGUUACAACAAAAGAGGUAACUACUGUGACUAGCCAAAGAAAACAGUGUUACGAUUUACAUAGACGGCCAAUUCAGAAAAAAUCACGUGCGAUCACAAAUUACCUCCUGAAAUCUGAAAUUCUUUCUCGAAGUAAAGCCUACUAAGAUACCAACGCAUUUCGAAGUUAAUUUCAUCGAAGCAUCUGGUAUACCCUAUAAUUGUUUAACAAGUGUGUUGAGAUAAUGUAUAUCUCAGGGAUGACCAACUCCAGCAGAGCCAGAAGCAAGACGAGUUGGUCAGUGGUGACCGCCAGUGUCUUGUAUUUGAUGUGGUCAUUCACUGCUCCAGUAGUCGAGGGACGAUGUCCAAAAUCGGGCAACGGAAAAGCAUACACACUGACAAUAGGUCACCUGGUGAAGGAUUCUAACUUCACAAUACAGCGAGUCAUUCAGGAGCACAUCAAGAGAACGGGAGACGUGAAGAGAUGUUUCCAGGAGCCGCAGCACAUCUCACUACACAUCGAAACCGACCUCAGGUUACAGACGGACGGGUGGACAGUAAUACAGGGGGGAAUUCGAUCGGCUCUCCACAACCAAGGCGCCGACAUGCUGAACAUCAUCAUCGGUCCUUUCUACACGAAUCUGGCCAUGGUCCUGGAGCGGAUGAACAUCCCGUAUCUGGUCACAGACUACAAGGGUUACGAGUGGAUCGACAUGAGUCGCGUUCAGGACACCACGGACUGGGACACGCUGGUCGAGAUCAGGCCGUCCGCCCAGGAGCAAAACAUGGCCGUCGUCGACUACUUCCGGCUCAACGAGUGGAUGAGCGCCGUCAUGGUCAUGCCGGAGAGCUCGGCCGACAAUCAGGAGUGCCAGAAUCUUGCCCAUCAAAUGAUAAACAGCGGCGUCUCAUUAAUUCCAUACACCGUCGACCCCAAAUCAACCCGAGUUAAAGAGAUGACGAGGGAAGUACUCAGAAACGUCCAACUUUCCCGCCAAAAACGAGUCAUCGUUUGCAGUCCACGUGACGUUAGGGACCAGCUAACAGAAAUAGUUCUAAUUCAGGCAAAACCGUUUGACCUUCUUCUAAAAGAAGACCAGAUAUUCUUCAUCGUUGAUCCGAGUUCGUACCUCCAGCCGUUCGCUGGGGCUGGCCAGAUGUACAAACUAGGUCUGUUUUCCGCGAGGUGCAAACUGCUGGCGUUCCGCUACGUGGAGCCCAGACACGACGGCACCCACGAGGACGCGAACGAGGCCAUCGCCAUGGACGCCGCGAGGGUGACCACGAUGGCGCUCCAUACAUACAUCAACCGACAGGCGGCCAGAACCAACGGCUUCAGUCCAAGACGAUUUCUCAAAGCUCUCAGAGAGGUGUAUCUGCCCUUUGCCCGGACAGGCCGGAUUCGCUUUGACGAGCACGGCAAACGGACGAACUACACGCUACACCUGUAUAACCACGGCGGGGAGGACAUGUACAGAAAGGAAGCUGAGUGGACGCCAGAUGGAAAUUCAGCUGACACAAGACUGAACGUGACGGGAUUUGGGGAAAAGCCUGAAGACUCAUUGCAAUAUGGGGUAUUUCCUGGGACUGUCAAGGUCGUCGUUGUAAUAGAAGAACCUUUUGUGAUGCACAAAUCUCAAGAUCAGGGGAUACAUUACUAUGGCAACGACCGUUACACGGGCUUUACCAUAGACCUUUUGAAAAAACUAGCCGAUGAUCUCAACUUUGUCUUUGAGAUCUAUGAGAGUCCCAUGAACGGAUACGGCAGUGAGGUCAGCAGCGGAUUGUGGAAUGGCAUGGUGCAUGAAAUAAUGACAGAGAACGCCACGCUAGCGAUGGGCGCCAUCUCAAUUACGUCGAAGCGGGAGACUGUGAUCGACUUUAGCCUCGGUAUUAUCAGUACGGGGGUAAACAUCCUCGUGAAGAAACCCGAGGAGGCGUUCUCCAUCUUCCAGUUCAUGAAGCCGUUCUCCCUCUUCCUCUGGUUCGCCAUCGUCGGGGCCUCCUUCCUGGUGUCCCUGGUCUUCUUCAUCCUCGACUACAAGAGCAGCGACCGCAAGUUCACCGCCAAGGAGACGGCGUGGUACUCCGUGGGAACUCUCCUCAAGAGAGGCACAGACUUCUCGCCGAAGCCCAUCUCCCAGAGAGUUUUAUCGGCUGGUUUCACCUUCUUCGUUUUGAUCACCGUGUCCACGUACACGGCCAACAUGGCCGCCUUUCUGACGACGAAGAGCAUGUCGAAAACGGCCGAGACGUUCGACGCUUUGGCGGAAGACAGCGACAUAGCCGUUGGAACCGUCAAGAAUUCGGCCACGAUGAACUUCUUUCGUCUCGGGACCAAGCCGGUUUUUCGGCGUCUGUGGUACAAGAUGGAAUCCUCCAGUGGCCUCGUGCACAACUCUUCGGCAGGGCGUGAGCGCGUGAUUAAUGAAAACUAUGCCUUCAUCUUUGACUACUUAAUCAACUCGUAUUCUGAGAUCAAAUACUGCAAGACCAAAGCGGUCUCAUCCCCGAUUCUUAUCCAAGAGCACGGGAUUGGCAUGAAGGCUGGAGCGGCCUUCAAGACCGUCAUCAACAUAGCCUUGCUGAGACUCAAAGAAAGUGGAUUCAUCCAAGGCCUCAAGAAAAGGUGGUGGGACGACAAACGGCAAUGUGACGUGGCCGGCAGCACCAAGGCGGAGAAGGUCGAGUUCGGGAUAUUGCACAUGGCGGGCGUCUUCAUCGUCGGCCUGUUCGGGUUUCUUUUCUCAGUGUCGUUCUUCAUAUCCAAGAAGCUCUAUGUCCGGUCCAAGGCAAAGAAGGAAGAGAAGUUGGGCAACACUGGCAAGGAGACUCGAUUACUGUGUAAAGGAUCACCUACUUCCGUUUGAAAUGCGUCAUAACAUUUAUUGUUUGAAACACUAAGUGAAAAAUCAGUCUUCAAAUGCUAUUUAAUCAAUAAAAGAUAUUGGUGUAGUGAAAAUACUUUGGCACCCCCCCCCCCCCCCCCCCCCCCCCACCCUCCCAAUUCCCAUUUCGUUUAUAUUUAACAUUCGCACUUCUAACCUUCUAAACUUAAAUGGUAACCAGAGUUACGACAGAUGACCUAACCACCAAACCACCAAGGCCGGUUGUUAUUGUUAUAAUAUACUCAACACAAUAGCCAGUAGACUGUAGCAAUAAGCAAUGCUUGAUAACUUAUGAUUCGUAAAUAUUGUUUCAGAACAUUGUACCGGCCUCGGUGGCGCAGUGAUUAAGCCAUCGGAAUACAUGCUGGUAGGUACAGGGUUCGCAGCCCGGUACCGGCUCCAACCCAGAGCGAGUUCUUAAUGGCAAGACCACUACUCCCU